GACUUUAGAAUCCAGGUGAGACCUCGCUGGGACCCUUCCCAGGUGUGUCCAAGUGUGACAGAUAUGUCAACACGUGUCCAGGUGUGUCCAGGUAUAUCCAGGUGUGUUCAAGCUUAGUCCAGGUGUGUUCACAUGUGUCCAGGUGUGCAAUUACAUGUCCAAGUGUGCCCAGGUGUGUGACUGCAUGUACAGGUGUGUCUGAGUAUAUCCAGGUGUGUUCAGGUCUAUCCAGGUGUGUCCAGUUGUGUGACCAUAUGUACAGGUGUGUUCAGGUAUGUCUGGGUCUCUACAUACAUGUCCAGGCAUGUUCAGGUGCAUAACCACAUGUACAGGUGUGUAAAGGUGUGUGACCACAUGUACAGGUUUGUCCAGGUAUAUCCAGGUGUGUCCAUGUCUAUACAGGUGUGUUCAGGUGUGUCUAGGUGUGUUCUGGGUGUGUCCAGGUCUAUACAGGUGUGCCCAGGUGUGUUCAGGUGUGUACCCGCAUGUAGAGGUGUAUAUAGGUGUGUCCAGGUGCAUCCAGGUGUGUUCAGGUGUGACAGGCAUGCUGAGGGGGGUAACACAUUUGUCCCACACGUGUCCCAUGUGCCAGGCAUGUCCAGGGACUCCGAGGAGGACGUUUGUCCCGUGUUUGGUGUCCCGUGUUGUUCCCGUGUUGUUCCCAUGUGCCAGGUGUGUUCCAGGCAUGUCUGGGGACUACGAGGAGGACGCUUGUCCCGUGUUUGGUGUCCCGUGUUGUUCCCGUGUUGUUCCCAUGUGCCAGGUGUGUUCCAGGCAUGUCCGGGGACUACGAGGAGGACGUUUGUCCUGUGUUUGGUGUCCCGUGUUGUUCCCGUGUUGUUCCCAUGUGCCAGGUGUGUUCCAGGCAUGUCCGGGGACUAUGAGGAGGACGUUUGCCGCAGCGCUUUGCGCCUGGUACACGAGCUUUGCUUCGCCCCCCGGGCCCGACCCCCCCACGCCCGGUGCCUCGAGUUCACCGACCUGCUCCGGCACCGUGGCCACCCCCGGCCUGCCGACACAGAGGUGUCCGUGAGCCUCCUGUCUGUUAUCGUCACCUUCUGCGGCCUCGUGCUCCUGGGGGUCUCUCUCUUCGUGUCUUGGAAGCUCUGCUGGGUCCCCUGGCGCCACAAGGGAGGACCUGGGGGGGCUCCCCCCCGCAAGGAGCCCCCCCAGCCUGGGGGGGGCCCUUUCGGGGACCCCCUUCCCGAGAGGGGGGACCCCGAGCCCCCUCCCCCCCCCCACGAGCGCUGUUACCUGGACAUGGGGCCGUGCCCCGAAGGAGGGGGGGGAGGGGGCAGUGGGGGCGGACGGGUGCUGGGACCCUCCCCGUGGGGCAGGGACUCCCCAGGACCCCCAGGGCCCCCUGACUUUGGGGGGAUGGGGGAGGAGGGGGUCCUGCCCAGCGCCCCCUCCCAGCAGCUGGUGGGCAGCAGCACCCCGUUGCCCCCUGUGCCAGAAGACAAAGCUGAGCAGAACCCAACCCACCUGGGCCAGAUCCAGCCCGAGCUCUACGGCCCCGGUGACGCCACUGAACCUGGGGGUGCCCGGGGGGGCGCCGGUGGGGGGGCCCCCCCUCCCUGCGGCCGCCUCAGUGUGUCCCUGCGCUACUCCUACGGCUCCCAGCAGCUGGUGGUCCGCGUGCUCCGUGCCCGUGACCUCCCGGCCAAGGAUUCCAAUGGCUUCUCCGACCCCUACGUGAAGAUUUACCUCCUGCCUGACCGCAAGAAGAAGUUCCAGACCAAGGUGCUGAGGAAGACGCUGAACCCAGAGUGGGACGAAACCUUCAGCUUUGGGGUGCCCUUCGCUGAGCUGCCUUCGCGGCGCCUCCACUUCAGCGUCUAUGACUUUGACCGCUUCUCCCGGCACGACCUCAUCGGGCAGGUGGUGCUGGAGAACCUGCUGGAGGCGGCUGAGGGGCGGCCCGAGGUGCCCAUCUGGAGGGACAUCCAGGAGGGCACGGGGGAAAAGCCGGACCUGGGCGAGGUGAACUUCUCUCUGUGUUACCUGCCCACGGCCGGACGGCUCACAGUGACCGUCAUCCGGGCGUCCAACCUGCGCGCCAUGGACCUCACCGGCUACUCAGACCCCUACGUGAAGGCCUCGCUCAUGGCCGAGGGCCGGCGGCUCAAGAAGCGCAAGACGUCCAUCAAGAAGAACACGUUGAACCCGAGCUACAACGAGGCCCUGGUGUUCGACGUCCCCCACGAGAGUGUCAACCACGUCAGCCUCACCAUCGCUGUCGUGGACUAUGACUGCAUCGGGCACAAUGAGGUGAUUGGGCUGUGCCGGGUGGGCAGUGACGCCGAGGGUCCGGGGCGGGAGCACUGGGCGCAGAUGUUGGCGAAUCCCCGCAAGCCCAUCGAGCAUUGGCACACGCUCGUCGAGGAAAAGGCUCUGGUGGCCAAAGGGACGUCGCGGGACAAGCCAGCCCUGGGGGAGCCCCUGGGCCCCCAGUGAGCCCGCUCCAGGGCUGGAGGGUCCGGCCCGGCCCGGGGGGGCCCUGACACCGAAGCCAUAAAGGGACCCCCGGGACCCCCGGGGCCCCCGACCUGCACGACAAGGGGGCCCUGCCCCCCCCCACUGUGAACCCCCCGAAAUCCGGGUCUGGCCCCUUCCCCCCGCUAUGUGUUUGUGUGGGGGAGGGGCCCAAAAAGAAGGGACCUGGGGACCCUCCCAAUCCCCUUUGUGUGUUAUGGGGGGGCCCCUGAAAGGACCCCUGGGGUCCGACCCCCCUUUUGUGUUUCGGGAGGCCCCUGAAAGGGACCUGGGGACGCCCACCCCUCCUUGUGUCAAGUGUUUGUACAGGGGGAGGGGGCCCAAAAGGACCCCGGGGGUCCAAUCCCCACU